AGGGCUGUCGCGUCGUCCAUAUUUUUUACAGUCAUUGGACUGAACUUUUGACUUCACCGUUCCUGUUGGUACAUGGGCGGAGCUCUGUUUCCAUGGAGACGCGUCAUCACGCUCAAACGACCUUCAUUCAUUUCAGACAGAACCCUGAGUUUUUCGCGCUACUUGGUUUAUUUUUUCUAAAUAGAAGGCGCAUUGAUAUCUUCUAAUACUCUUCAUGUGAAUUAACGGUUUGUUCAGAAAGAAAAACUGGAGGUCAGUCUCUUUAAGCCAUGUGCUGGUGCUUGUUUUGAAGUGCUUGGAGCCUUGUGUUAUGACGUCGUUUAGAGAAAGACGGAUUAAAGGCGCUCAAACAGCAAACAUGAACGAGGAGAUUCCGGUUCAAAAAGGAUUUCACGUCCCACCUUUGACUGCCACGACGAAAGAGAGCAAAAAGAAAAGAAAAGACACAACAAAAGAGAAGAAGAAAGCGAAAAAUGUCGUUAACAAGUCAAAGGAUUCAGUAUUGUUGUGCUGGAAGAUUAACUUGUAAAUCACCAACCCCUCUAGAGAAACUUCGGACUGAACAGUGGAUCAAUGGAGAGAUGAGUGAUGCUCAGAGCAAAGGUCAUGUCAAACCCAAAGAGCGAAAGAACAGCAAACCCAAAAAUCCCAAGGCUGCGCAAGAAGUUGCUUUUGCUUCAGGAGAAGAGGUCAAAUCUGAUUUGUCCCACUUUAAACAGGACAGCUUGAGGUGGGAAGGAGCUCUGGAAGACCCUGCUGCAGAAGCCCAGCGGCUGGAGGUCUACAGAGCCAACCGACGCAAACGCUACAUGGCAUCAAGGCAAGCUUUUCUACAAAACAAUUAGACUGGUCAAUGUAUAGGCUCGAACUAGGCUAAACUAAAUAAUCAAAACAAAAAAAGUUUUACCAUGAAGGCGUUCAUUUUACAUUUGCUUAUUAUCAUGCUGAGUUCAUUUAAUAUGAGGAUAUUAGUAAAUAACUGCAGCGUGUGAAAGUGCUUUAGGCCUAAAUGUGCAAAACAUUCUCUGAUAUGAAUACUAUCAAUAUUCUGCUGUAUAAUGUGCCUGUACAUUGAUUAAUGGCUUUGUAAUUAUUUUGUUUGAUUUGUCUGGGUUUUGUCAUGUCGUCUGUUCUUUUUAUGUAAUGAUUAAUCUAGAAAAAUAAUAACAGUAGUUUAAAUAUAUACAAUUGUUUUUAAUUAGAAUGAUUUCUUAAGGAUCAUGUAACACUGAGGACUAAUGCCUGCGUCACAUUAAUAAAUCACAUUUUUAAAUGUA